AUGGCCAACCUCGACAACAUGGCAAAAAAUUUGGGGGGUUAUGUAUAUGAAAUAUCGUCGGAAACAAUUGAAAGUAGACCAAAAAGAGUGCGUAAAAGUGUAAAGCCAAAGAUUACUGAAUGGAAUACUAAAAAAAAUGGUAAUUAUUCAAGAGAUUUUGAAUUGAAUGUGGAAUCGGAACAAUGGAACAAAUAUUACAGCGAUAGAAAUUUGAGUAGCACACCAUUUUACGGGUUAUCUACUAGGGGUUCUGCUGUUUCAUUGUUUAAAAUACUGAACCAACCAAAAUUUCAAUUAUUAGUCGAUGAUAUUAUUGUGGAGGUUGGCCAUGGCAAACAUCCAAUGGUAGAUGAAAUUAGGAAAAUUUUCAAGAUUAAUAACAUUUUCAUAGGCAUAGAAUUCUCACCAAUGGCAAUUAAGGAAGCCAUUGCCAAUCGCACCAUUAAGGAUUUGAAGGAUACCCAAUUUGUCAUGCCUUCAAACAUUAAUUAUUAUAGUAUUAAUGGGGAUUUUGAUGGACAUGUUGUCCAUUCUACAAUUGGCAAUGAAUGCUUGUUAAAGAAAUGUUGUGCAAAAUUGAUAGUUGGACGAUGCGUUCUAGAUUAUAUAACAUCCAGACUAUUAACUAGUAUUGGAAGUGUGAACUGGGAUGACGAUCCAAGGGUGCCUAAUAGCGUAAUCGCGAUGUUUAAUUCAUUUACUAACACGUUAUUAGAAUCUGUAAAUGGCAAUAAUAAUGCAGCAAUAGUGUUUAUAGAACCAUUUGACAAAAUAAAAGUUCGUGAUCACAUACUUACACUAUUUAAAGUACUAUGUGUAUCAUCAUUGGUGGAAAAGAGCGAUUGUAGGUAUUUGAAAUUGCAUAAGAUUAUCACAAAAGAUAAGAUGGGAAUUAUAUGUUAUAUGAUGAUUAAAACUCAAAUUUCAGCGGAAAACUUUGAAGAGAUACAUGAUAACUUCACAAAUGUUACAGAUAAGAUACUGAAGCUCGACAAGUCACAGGAUCCAGAUUGGCUAUUGCCCAUGAAAAUGCCCAGUAAAUGGUCAAGUGGUGAAAAAGAGUUAUUCGACGUUUUAACGUCAUUUAGUACUGGUGUAUAA